AUGGAUACAGCGAGGAUCAUAGUGCUUAAUUAUGUAUCAGUCAAGACUGUAUGUCAUCCAAUUCAAAGUCAAAUCUAUAAAAAUGGAAAAAUUCAUCGAGGUUAUUUACCACUUAAAUGUUGGUUAGACUUAUUUGGAAUUUUGGGUUUAUGUAAGCGACCAGAAAUUAAAAUUAGCCAAAACAUUGAUGUACUCAUCGACAACAAACAAUAUCGACAGCAAGAACAACCUCUAUCAUUCCUAUCAAACGACCCCUGUCAUACCUAUGGAGCACCACCAGUACUUAACCCCAAUCGAAUAACUUUAGGGAAAAAUAAGGAAAUUGAUCGGCGUUUAGCCCUUAACUGUUGGUUAGACCCAUUUGGUAAAUGGGGUUUAUGUAAACAACCAGAAAUUAAUGUUAACAAAGAUAUAGGUGCGCUUAUCGACCCAGAAGUUUUAGUAGAAAAGAAAUCCUAUCAACAACGAGACUAUAAUCCUUGCUCAUCGUAUAACAUCAAUUUAAAGUCAAAUUUCAAUCAAUCACAAUCAUUUAAUAUUAACGAAUCUCAAUUCGAUUCUGUUGAAUCAUCACGAUUUAGCUCCAAUGAAUUACAAAACGUGAAGUCUGAUGGAAUUUCACACUUAAAUCGCAAUGAAUCAUCAUCAAUAAAUUCCAAUGAGUUAAUCUCAAUCAGUACCAAAGAGUCGCCACAACACAUUGAAUCAGGCAUUCAUGAUGGCACCUCACAAUUCAACUCUAGUGAAUCGCUACCAUUAAAUCCCAAUGAACUAUCACCAAGUAAACUCACUGAAUCUACAAAAUUAAACGCCAAAGCAGCAACACAAAUCAGUUCCAAUGGAUCAUCACAAUUAAACCUCAAUGAACCAUCUUCAAUCGAUCGCAUUGAAUCGUUACCAGCGAACACAAAUGAAUCGCUACAAAUAGAUCACAGUGAAUCAUCACAAUUCAGUCCCAAUGAAUUGCUGAAAUGGAAUACCAAGGAAUUAUCUCCAAUACCUAACGAAUCACUAAAAUUUAAUAUUAAUGAUUCAGCUCAAUUAAAUUCCUAUGACUCAAAAGCAUUCAAAUUUAAUGAAUCACUACAAUUCAAAUCCAAUGAAUCACUACAAGAUAUUCGAGAUGAUACCUCACAAUUCAACACUAGUGAAUUACUACUAUUGAAUCCCAAUGAAUUAUCCUCAAUUAACUCUUAUCAAUCCCAAUCACCGUUAUUAAAUAUCAAUCAAUCUCCGUCUUUUAAUCCAAUAUUCAAUUCUAAUAAACCACCAUUAUUAAAUCCAUAUCAAACACAAUCUUUCAAUCCCAUUCAAUCACCAUCGUUAAAUCCCCAUCAAUCGCAAUCACCGUUAUUAAAUAGCAAUCAAUCUUCGUCUUUUAAUCCAACAUUCAACUCCAAUAAACCAACAUUAUUAAAUCAAUAUCACACACAAUUUUCCAAUCCCAUUCAAUCACCACAAUUUAACUCUUUUAAAUUACCACCAUAUAAUUCUAAUCAAUUACCACCGUUAAAUCCCCAUCAAUUCCAAUCACCGUUAUUAAAAAGCAAUCAACGUCCAUCUUUUAAUCCUAAUCAAUCACCACAAUUUAACUCUUUGAAAUUACCACCAUACAAUUCUAAUCAAUUACCACCGUUAAAUCCCCAUCAAUUCCAAUCACCGUUAUUAAAAAGCAAUCAACGUCCAUCUUUUAAUCCUAAUCAAUCACCACAAUUUAACUCUUUGAAAUUACCACAAUAUAAUUCUAAUCAAUUACCAUCGUUAAAUCACCAUCAAUCUCAACCAAUGUUAUUAAAUCACAAUCAAGCUCCAUUCUUUAAUCCUAAUCAAUCACCAACAUUAAAUCCUUAUCAAACACAAUCUUUCAAUCCUAUUCAAUCACCACAAUUUAAUUCUUUGAAAUUAACACCAAAUAAUUCUAACCAAUUACCAUCGUUAAAUAUCCAUCAAUCUCAGCCACCGUUAUUAAAUCACAAUCAAGCUCCACCUUUUAAUCCUAAUCAAUCACCAACGUUAAAUACUUAUCAAACACAAUCUUUCAAUAUUAUUCAAUCACCACAAUUUAACUCUUUGAAAUUACCACCGAAUAAUUCUAACCAAUUACCGUCGUUAAAUCACCAUCAAUCUCAACCAAUGUUAUUAAAUCGCAAUCAAGCUCCAUCCUUUAAUCCUAAUCAAUCACCAACAUUAAAUCCUUAUCAAACACAAUCUUUUAAUCCUAUUCAAUCACCACAAUUUAAUUCUUUGAAAUUAACACCAAAUAAUUCUAACCAAUUACCAUCGUUAAAUAUCCAUCAAUCUCAGCCACCGUUAUUAAAUCACAAUCAAGCUCCACCUUUUAAUCCUAAUCAAUCACCAACGUUAAAUACUUAUCAAACACAAUCUUUCAAUAUUAUUCAAUCACCACAAUUUAACUCUUUGAAAUUACCACCAAAUAAUUCUAACCAAUUACCGUCGUUAAAUCACCAUCAAUCUCAACCAAUGUUAUUAAAUCGCAAUCAAGCUCCAUCCUUUAAUCCUAAUCAAUCACCAACAUUAAAUCCUUAUCAAACACAAUCUUUCAAUCCUAUUCAAUCACCACAAUUUAAUUCUUUGAAAUUAACACCAAAUAAUUCUAACCAAUUACCAUCGUUAAAUAUCCAUCAAUCUCAGCCACCGUUAUUAAAUCACAAUCAAGCUCCACCUUUUAAUCCUAAUCAAUCACCAACGUUAAAUACUUAUCAAACACAAUCUUUCAAUAUUAUUCAAUCACCACAAUUUAACUCUUUGAAAUUACCACCGAAUAAUUCUAACCAAUUACCGUCGUUAAAUCACCAUCAAUCUCAACCAAUGUUAUUAAAUCGCAAUCAAGCUCCAUCCUUUAAUCCUAAUCAAUCACCAACAUUAAAUCCUUAUCAAACACAAUCUUUUAAUCCUAUUCAAUCACCACAAUUUAAUUCUUUGAAAUUAACACCAAAUAAUUCUAACCAAUUACCAUCGUUAAAUAUCCAUCAAUCUCAGCCACCGUUAUUAAAUCACAAUCAAGCUCCACCUUUUAAUCCUAAUCAAUCACCAACGUUAAAUACUUAUCAAACACAAUCUUUCAAUAUUAUUCAAUCACCACAAUUUAACUCUUUGAAAUUACCACCAAAUAAUUCUAACCAAUUACCGUCGUUAAAUCACCAUCAAUCUCAACCAAUGUUAUUAAAUCGCAAUCAAGCUCCAUCCUUUAAUCCUAAUCAAUCACCAACAUUAAAUCCUUAUCAAACACAAUCUUUUAAUCCUAUUCAAUCACCACAAUUUAAUUCUUUGAAAUUACCACCAUAUAAUUCUAAUCAAUCACCAUCUUUAAAUCCCCACCAAUUCCAAUCACCAUCAGUAAAUAGCAACCAAUCUCCAUCUUUUAAUCCUAAUCAAUCACCAACAUUUAACUCCAAUAUAUCACCAUCAUCAAAUCUUUUUCGAACACCAUCUUUUAAUCCUAUUCAAUCACCACAAUUUAUCUCUUUGAAAUUACCAACAUAUACUUCUAAUCAAUCAUCAUCGUUAAAUUCCCACCAAUCCCAACCACCGUUAUUAAAUCGCUAUCAACCUCCAUCUUUUAAUCCUAAUCAAUCACCAACAUUAAACCCUAAUCAAACACCAUCUUUCAAUCCUAUUCAAUCACCACAAUUUAUCUCUUUGAAAUUACCACAAUAUAUUUCUAAUCAAUCACCUUCGUUAAAUCCCCACCAAUCCCAACCACCGUUAUUAAAUCGCUAUCAACCUUCAUCUUUUAAUCCUAAUCAAUCAGCAACAUUAAACCCUAAUCAAACACCAUCUUUCAAUCCUAAUCAAUCACCACAAUUUAACUUUUAG